GUUUAGUUAUAGAAAGGAGAAGGGUUUUCUUCUGAUGCAAUACACAACAAGGUUUUCUCUAAAAGGCGAUUACUGUAAUCUAUAAUCACUCUCUUCCCUUAUACACAUAUCCCUAAUCUCUUACCUUAAUCACUUUUCACUCUUUCUAUUCUACCUCGCCGGAAUACUUCUCCGACCGAUCUUAUUUCCUCCAUUCUUUCCGGCGACGAUCGAUUUUUCUCCGACGAUGAAUUCGUCACCAUGAUCCCUACCUUACUCAAUUCACCAAUCAUCACUCUCCUUCACCAUUCUCCUUAACCUCCUCCUUCUUCUUCAACCUUUCAUUCUUCUCUUUCAGAUCCGUUUCAAUUCGAUUCAAAAAUCGAAAAAAAAAUAAAUUCAUGGAUUAGCUUCGUUCGAUGAAUCGCUUUUCCCCAUGCAACUCACUUAAUCACUCAAUUCAAGAAUUAAUCACUUAUUCUGAAUCAGAUUCUAGGGUUAGGGUUUCGUAACGAGAAGACAAAAUGUUCAAGAAAAUGAUGAAAGGAGGGCAUAAAAAGCCCUCCAAAUCGGAUUCAACCGAUCCACCACCGUCCGGUAACAACCGCAAUUCAGCAGCUCCGGUUAUCGUCAACCAUGGCUCCCGUGGCGGUGCCUCCACCGUAAAUUCCGGCGUCGUGAUGCCUUUGACUCCAUCUUCCGGUACAAUGGAACCCGUUCCUUUAUUCCGCGAUGUUCCGGUUUCCGAGAGACAAAAUAUCUUUCUGAGGAAACUUCAUGUAUGUUGUUUCUCGCUUGAUUUCACUGAUACGCUGAAGAGCGUUCGCGAAAAAGAGAUCAAGCGUCAAGCUUUGAUAGAGCUUGUUGAGUUUAUUCAAUCGGGUUCGGGGAAAAUUUCGGAGAAUUGUCAAGAAGAGAUGAUUAGGAUGAUAUCUAUCAACAUUUUCCGGUGCUUGCCGCCUGCGUCGCAUGAGAACACCGGGACUGAGCCGACUGAUCCUGAAGAGGAAGAGCCUUGUUUGGAGCCGGCAUGGCCACACUUGCAACUGGUUUAUGAGCUUUUGCUUAGAUAUGUGGUUUCAUCUGAUACUGAUACAAAGGUUGCAAAACGGUACAUUGAUCAUUCCUUUGUGUUAAAGUUGCUAGAUUUAUUCGAUUCUGAGGAUCCUCGUGAGCGUGAGUAUUUGAAAACUAUUCUGCAUCGUAUAUAUGGAAAAUUCAUGGUUCAUAGACCGUUUAUUAGAAAAGCAAUUAACAAUAUUUUUUAUCGGUUUAUAUAUGAGACUGAGCGACACUGUGGUAUUGGGGAGCUUUUGGAGAUUUUGGGUAGUAUUAUUAAUGGGUUUGCUUUGCCUAUGAAAGAGGAGCAUAAGUUGUUUCUUGUUAGGGCUCUUUUGCCUUUGCAUAAGCCGAAAUCGGUUGUUAUGUACCACCAACAGUUGUCUUACUGCAUAACUCAGUUUGUGGAAAAGGAUUUUAAGCUCGCUGAUACGGUUAUUCGGGGUUUGUUGAAGUAUUGGCCUGUUACUAAUUGUCAGAAGGAAAUUCUCUUUCUUGGAGAACUUGAGGAAGUGUUGGAGGCAACACAGAAUGCUGAAUUUCAACGCUGCAUGGUUCAACUUUUCAAACAGAUUUCCCGCUGCCUCAACAGUUCCUUUCAGGUUGCAGAGCGAGCCCUCUUUUUAUGGAAUAAUGAGCAUAUUGUGGGCUUAAUUGCUCAAAACAGGACUGUGAUAUUACCGAUAAUAUUUGAAGCAUUUGAGAGAAAUAUCGAGAGUCACUGGAACCAGGCAGUUCAUGGGCUGACUGUUAAUGUUCGCAAAAUGUUUAUAGAAAUGGAUGCUGAAUUAUUUGAAGAGUGCCAGAGGAAUUAUGCAGAGAAGCAAGCAAAAGCCAAAGAAGAGGCUGAGAAGCGGGAAUUGAACUGGAAGAGGCUGGCAGAAGCGGCUGCACAGAAUGGGGUUGCGGAUAUGGUCACAGAUUAGUCUUUGCUAGUUUUACUGUCUUAGCUCUGGAAGUGUGAAUUAAAUAGGUGGAGGAUGAUGAAUAUGCUCCUCUUUUUCAUUUUAGUACCAUUAUUUAUUGGUUUCUUCUUCUUUUUUUCAUCCUAAUUCUUUUCUCCUCUUCCAUCUCCUUAUUAUAUCAGUUGGAUGAUUAGCAUUUUGAAGAAAGCGGUUAUCAAUGUAACUUAUCGAAGUGUUUUUUUUUAUAGUAACUUAUUGAUGUUAUUAGCAAUGUCUGUGAAAUACUUUCUUGUAUUUGUCCCUUUUAGCAAAGAUAAAUACAGAAGACAUCUUUUGAUUUGUUUGAU